GAAGAUGCUUGUGUCUGGUGCAGGAGACAUCAAGCUCACCAAAGAUGGGAACGUUCUGCUGCAUGAGAUGCAAAUCCAGCAUCCCACCGCUUCAUUGAUUGCCAAGGUGGCCACGGCCCAGGAUGACAUCACCGGAGACGGCACGACGUCCAAUGUGCUGAUCAUCGGAGAGCUCCUCAAGCAGGCAGACCUCCACGUCUCCGAGGGUCUUCACCCCCGGGUGAUCGCUGAGGGCUUCGAGGCUGCUAAGGACAAGGCUCUCGAGGUGCUGGAGGAGGUGACGGUGGUGAAGCAGAUGGACAGAGAGACUCUCAUCAGUGUCGCCCGCACCUCCCUCAGAACCAAGGUCCACGUGGAGUUGGCCGAUUUACUAACAGAGGCUGUGGUGGAUGCUGUUCUGGCCAUCAGGAAACCCAGCGAGCCCAUCGACCUCUACAUGGUGGAGAUCAUGGAGAUGAGGCACAAAACUGACAGCGAUACACAACUGAUCAGAGGCUUGGUGCUGGAUCAUGGAGCCAGGCAUCCUGACAUGAGGAAGAGGGUGGAGGACGCUUUCGUUCUCACUUGCAACGUUUCCUUGGAAUACGAGAAAACAGAAGUGAACUCGGGGUUCUUCUACAAGAGCGCAGGCGAGAGAGACAAGCUGGUGAAGGCGGAGAGGAAGUUCAUCGAAGAUCGUGUGAUGAAAAUAAUCGAGCUGAAGAAUAAAGUGUGCGCAGAUACUAAGAAGGGCUUUGUGGUCAUCAACCAGAAGGGUAUUGAUCCAUUCUCUCUGGACGCGCUGGCUAAAGAGGGCAUUGUGGCUCUGCGUCGAGCAAAGAGACGAAACAUGGAGAGGCUGACUCUGGCCUGCGGUGGUGUAGCGAUGAACUCGGUGGACGAUCUGACGCCGGAGUGUCUGGGUCACGCUGGACUCGUGUACGAACACACACUGGGAGAGGAGAAAUACACGUUCAUCGAGAAGUGCAGCAACCCUCGUUCUGUGACGCUGCUGGUGAAAGGACCCAACAAGCACACCCUGACUCAGAUCAAAGACGCCGUGAGAGACGGACUCAGAGCCGUCAAAAAUGCCAUCGAAGACGGUUCGGUUGUGGCGGGGGCCGGUGCGUUCGAGGUGGCUGUAGCUGAUGCUUUGGUUAAACACAAGCCCAAAGUGAAGGGCCGAGCCCAGCUGGGUGUGCAGGCGUUUGCUGACGCCCUCCUCAUCAUCCCUAAGGUUCUGGCUCAGAACUCCGGCUAUGAUCCUCAAGAGACUCUGGUGAAGCUGCAGAGUGAAUUCAAAGAGACGGGAGCGCUGGUGGGAGUGGAUCUGAGCACAGGUGAGCCCAUGAUCGCAGGAGAGGCCGGUGUGUGGGAUAACUACAGUGUGAAAAAGCAGCUGCUUCACUCCUGGUGAGUUCCAGC